GGAGUUUUCAGUUCGAACUAUUAUCGUGCGUUCAUACUGUUAUAGAGGUUUUCUAUUUUAUACAUAAUAAAAAGAACAUAACAUAUUCGUACGAUAGUUCGGUAGAUGCACAAAUAAUCCGUACUUUGAACGCUUUAGCUAGGGGUCGUCAGGUUAAAGCGGGAUUAAAUUGUUUUGGAUUUCUAUUUACCUAAAAUCAUCACUCCAGCAGCAUGACUUCAGCUUCCACAAAGGUGGGUGAGAUCUUCUCGGCUGCAGGCGCUGCAUUCACCAAACUGGGUGAAUUGACAAUGCAGCUGCAUCCAGUGGCAGACUCAUCUCCUGCUGGAGCCAAAUGGACCGACACAGAGAUUGAGAUGCUGCGUUCGGCAGUGCGGCGGUUUGGGGAAGAUUUGAACAGCAUCAGCUCUGUCAUAAAGGAACGCACUGUUGCCCAGAUUAAGACUACAGUUAAAAGGAAGCUGUAUGAAGACAGUAGGGUACCCCUCACCUCAGAAUUCCCUAAAAAAACAAUGAAGAAAACCACUGUGAUGCUACCACCCCCUCCAGCAUCAGUGGCCCCCACUGUUAUCGCCAUGCCAACCUCUCAGGUUGUUGUGACGACAGGAUUGCAGAGAUCUUCAUCUUUACAACCCGCAAUAAAGAAUCCAAAACCAGCAGAUGUGACGCUGAGUGCUCUAAAUGACUCCGAUGUGAACAGUGAUUUGGUGGAUAUCGAAGGGCUUGGAGAGGGUUCCACUAAAAAACCAAACUUUGAUCAGGAGAGCUUAAAUCUGGAUUCCAGUCUGAUAAUGAACUCCAGUGAUCUGCCCCUGCUGUCCCGCUGAGAUGUACCCAUCGGUCAUGAAGGCAUUCAGAGAAACAGCCAAGAACAGCCCAUCUUAAGAAGCUACAGUUUGAUGUUUUGCUUUACAGAACUGUAAAGGCUGCAGGCACCUGUUUCUCAUUUUCGACUGUGGAUUAGGACGCACACAUUUGAUCAGAAGUGGAAUGGAAUUUUUUUUGUGUUUAUGGAAACUGAUCUGCCCACAGUUGAAAGGGGGUUAACAGGACAGUGGUGUUGUGCUUAAACCAACAUGUACUUGUAAAAUAUUUUUAACAUUUAGCUUUUUGUAUUUCAGUAGGGAUUUUUGUGAAGUGAGAUGCUGAUUGUAGGCAUAUGUGGCACCUUGCAAGCAACAACAUACAGUUUUCUUUCACUGCUACAUACAGCUUAUAUUGUAUGUAGUAUAUAGGAAUAUGUAUAUAUUAAACAGGACU